UUAAACUUUAACUUGUACAUGUAUAUCUCACGGACGUAACCAUUACAUAAAUCAUUCAUUUAUAUAUUCAGACGAUAUACCUAUAGUUAAAGAAUGUCGACCUCAUUAGAUCUUCCGAUAAUUGAUAUGUCAAAGUCAUACACAGAUCGGGGCGAAAUGGCUAAGCUAGUUGUGCACGGCUUGGAAAACAGUGGGUUCUUAUUCAUUGAUAAUGUUGAUAAACUUGAUUACGAUGGACUAUUUAAUGCUUGCAAGUGGUUCUUUGACAAACCUAUAGAGUAUAAAAAGACAGUAAUGAGAAAUUUCUGGAACCCCGAAAACAAAAACAUUUACAGAGGAUAUUUUCCAGUGACAGAGGGUGAGCCUAGUCGAAAAGAGGGAUUUGAAUUUGCCAGGGAUAUUAAAGAAAACGACACAACUGUGGCGAGUAAUAAUUGGUUCUAUGAAAAAUCCCCUUGGCCAGAGGAAGACGGCACGUUCCCAUUCAAAUCAUUUCUACAAUCGACAUACGAGAUACUACACAACACUGCCCUUGAAAUACUUCGUCUUGCAGCACUUGGUCUUGGAAUAGAAGAAAGUUCAUUUGAUGAAAUAUUUGCAGACAGACCUUGUACGACAUUCCGUCUCAUGCACUACCCACCUUGGAACGGGGAACCUCCAAAAUCUGCAUAUACAGAGGACGGGAAAAUUGUGAUAACACCGGCGCAUACUGAUACAAAUUUCUUAACUUUACUUACUCGUUUUAAUUACGGAGGUCUGGAAGUUCAAGACCAGUCUGGUGCAUGGGUAGAAGUAGACCCAAGACCAGGGAGCCUCGUUAUGAAUAUUGGAGAUACGUUCUCCCGUAUGAUGGGAGGCCGGUUCAAGGCCACACGACACAGAGUAAUUGAUAUAAAACAAGAUCGGUACGCGGUCCCAUUCUUUUUUACACCAAGUUAUGAUGGAGAUAUAGGAAUCAACUUUAUGUCUAAAGCUACAGGAGAGGGUCCAGAACAUAAAGUAGAAAGGUACGGUCCUUGGGUUUUAGAUGUGAUAAAGUAUCAGAAGAAAUACUUCGAAUAUCGUGUUUUACCAGAUAUUGAACCAAAAGAGAAAGAGCAGUGAGAAAAAUUUUGUACUGAUUUAACUUUUACGACAUGUUUGUCUAGUAAUUUAUAGAACAAUCGUAAUUUAGGAACAUUUACAAAAAAGGAAGUAUUCAAAUUGAUAUAAUAUAAAAAUACAUGUAGAUGGAUAUGUCUACAUAUUUCUUUUGAGAUAAUUGUUUGAAUAGAAUAUCGUUGUUGGACACAGAAGAUAUUAUGUCUAUGUUAUCCGAAAGGGCCUAUCAAGGAAUAAACUCUAUUUUAGUCCCUAUGCCUAGUCCCUAUGCCCUAACUGCGGUUGUCUCAACAUGGCA